AUGGAGACGCCGCUGUCCUCCAGGAGGAUCACCCGCUCGCUCGCCGCCGCCGCAUCCGCCCUUUCGACGCGUUCUUGGAUGUGUUUCCUGACAACGCCCACUUUCGAUUCUCCGCAGAGAAGAGCGCCGCCGCCGCGUUGGACUCCGCCGCCAUCUUCUCCCGGGUCAAGAAGGCCGCCGCGGUGGAGACCCAGGUCCAGACGCGCGCCGCCCUGCACGACAUCAGCAACGACUCCCCAUCGUCGGCCUCGCGGCGGGCGGCCUCCACGCCACCGACACCACCCCGCCAAGACCCGCCGCAGGGCCCCGCGCCGCACGCCCGGCACCGGGGAGGCGCUCCUGCGCGGCCAGGUCAAGGCGCUCCUGCACAAUGUCGAGGAGGAGCAGGGCGCCGCCGCCGCCGCCCUAGUCAGGCCCGCGCGCAUCCAGGCGCUGCUCGGCGUCUCCAGGUCCCCGGCCCAGCUUCUUGCGCCCACGCCGGCUAACACGCCGCAGAUCGGCCCCGUCUCCGCGCCCAGGGAAGGCCUCCUCCUGCUUGAUGGCGCCGCCGUCGUUCCCUGCGUCCUCGAUGAAGAGGAACUGCUGAUUCCUAAGCUUCAGCUGGCUACUGCAUUUGGUCCUAAGGUGCUUUGCUGCUCCCGAUGUUGUGCAGGUCAUUGCAGCUUCCCUGCCUCCGCCUCAGCCAGAGGAGAAGCUGGGCGAGUGCCAGCUGAACCGUGCGCUGGUGUUCGACGACUCCCUGAGAAGUCCGACGAGUCCAACGGAUCAGCCGUCUCGUCAUCCGUUUCCCUCCAGGAGAGCAGCACCGGCAGCUACAUGGACAAGUCGUCAUCAUCACCUGAGGACGACAGCUCCUCUGCCUGGUCCAUUCAGGUCCAUGCCAGCUCCGAGAAGGGCGACGAAGAAGAGCUGGGCGUGGAGAAGCUGGCGGCGGCAGAGUACACCGAAGAAGAGGAGGAGGAGGAGGACUGGGAAGAAGACAGCGACGACGACUGCUACGAUGAUCUGUGCGAGGAGAUGAGCAGGAUGACCGUGUUGGGUGAAGAGGAGAAGAAGGCCGGGCUGUCGCAGUUCGAGGGGAAGCACACCAGGUUCAUCUACAACAGUGACGACGAGAUCGAGUGCGAGGAGGUGGCGGACGCAGCUGAGGCGAGGGCGGAGCUUGGCGCGUUGAUGCUCAGGGCGCUGCCGGUGCCGGAGGGGAGGCACCUGCGCUUCCACGACGAGGAGGAUGACGAGGAAUAA